ACUUCACUCAAGACUAGCACUCUCCGCUCCCUCGCCUUUCACUCCCCUUCAUCUACCUUCGUUACUUUCACCUCCCUGUAUCCGCGCCUUGGUCCUGCACUACCACCAUAGAAAUGGCCACUCAAAAGGACGUCGAAGCCUCUAUCCCCCCGUACGACAGGGAGCACUCCGAGCACAAGGAGGACCUCGAGGUCAAGUCAAAGCUCGACGAUGACCUCGACCUGCUCCCUACCACCCAACCCACCGCCAAGCCACAGGAAAAGAAGAAGCUUUCGGCAGCAGUCAUCAUCCCCAUCUGGAUUGUCCUCUCCUCUUCCGUCAUCAUCUACAACAAGUACCUCUUCAGCGUGCUCGACUUCCAGUACCCUGUCUUCCUCACCACUUUCCAUUUGGCCUUUGCGACCGUCGGUACGCGCGUGCUGCAAAGAACGACCAACCUCCUUGAUGGCGCGAAAGAGGUGCAUUUAACGCGGGAAAUGUUCGUGAGGUCCAUCCUGCCUAUUGGCGUUCUGUUCUCUGGUUCUCUCAUCUGCUCGAAUGUCGCGUACCUCUCCCUAUCCGUCUCCUUCAUCCAGAUGCUCAAAGCCUUCAACCCCGUUGCCAUUCUGCUCAUAUCGUUCACCUUCCGUCUGCAGGAUCCUUCGCGUCGGCUCAUCGCAAUCGUGUUCAUGAUCUCUGGUGGUGUCGCUCUUGCUUCCUAUGGUGAGCUCCACUUCGAGCUAUUUGGUUUCAUCUGCCAGGCAUUUGCUGUUAUCUUCGAGUCCUGCCGCUUGGUCUUGAUUGAGGUUCUCCUGAAGGGGCUCAAGAUGGACCCUCUCGUCUCCCUGCACUACUAUGCACCAGUCUGCGCAUCUAUCAACGCGCUCGUUAUUCCCUUCACUGAGGGACUUGCCCCCUUCCGUGCGUUGUAUCAGCUCGGUCCCUUGGUUCUCAUUACGAACGCUAUGGUCGCCUUCUCCCUCAAUGUCGCCGCUGUAUUCCUGAUCAGCGCUGGAGGCGGCCUUGUUCUCACCCUCGCAGGCGUAUUCAAGGACAUUCUUCUUAUCACCGGCUCCGUUAUCAUCUUCGCCUCGCCAAUCACCCCAAUCCAGAUCAUUGGCUACUCCAUUGCAUUAGGUGGUCUGAUCCUCUUCCGCACAACGAGCGGUAAGAAAUAAAACCCUUCUGGAGAAGCAGGAUCUUCCCCCUCACCAUCAUCCAACGACGUACCCCAUCCGUCUCUCCCGCACCAACGUUUCCGCACCGCACGACCGCUGUAUACCCGUCUGCAUCCCUAUAGAGUUCGCGCACGCCCUCAGUGCUUUGCGCAACAUCCAAUAAAUGGCCCCCUACCAUUACCUUCGUUCCUCUAAUUGUCUCUAUGCGUCCGCUCUUGUUGUAGGACACUGCUCGGCCUCCUCCCACAUCCUCCUAGCCUGAUCCACGGACUUAUCUCUCCUCCCACAACUCGCACAGGCUCGCGGAUCUGUUCCCCUUGCUCGCGCUGUGGCUAAAAGUGUCUUGCGAUAGAUAACAACCGUAAUGAUAUAAUGUUACAG